AUGGCUGGCGACAACUCAGAAUCAUUCGCAAACCGCGAUGCACCCAUUCCAGUAGUACAAGUGCAGCACGCGUCAAACGAUGGCACCCCCACCGAGACGAAGGGCAAGUCGCGUCGCUUGUCCGCAAGCAAACUCAAGCACAAGCUGGAGCACCUGGGGGAGAACAUCAAAGGCGACUCUAGCAACAGGAUGGGUGAUAAGAUGAUGAACAUAGAAGAUAAUCACCUCACCGGUCUCUUUAUUAUCAACCGCACGGGACCCGAGCAAGGAAGUCGACAUAACAGGGCUGAUUCUCCUAGGCUACUUGCACAAGUCCUCCCCUCUGAAGACCUGUCGGACAACUCGUCCCCAGGCACACCUACUCCCAGCGGAACCACUCCUCACAUCAAGGACCGGCGCUCCCGAGCCUAUGUCGAGCGCCCCAGCUUCAGCAUACCCACAAUGUCCUCCAACUUUCGUCGCUUCAACUCCCGUAUUGGUGUAGCCUUCAUCUUCCAGAACAGACUUAUCCGCCUCUUCACGUGGGCACAACCUACGCAAACCCUUUCGUUCCUCUUUGUUUGGACAUUCAUAUGCAUCAAUCCGUAUCUGCUACCUGUGCUGCCACUAGCUAGCGGCAUGUUUUUCGUCAUGGUGCCCUCUUAUCUUACCAGACACCCUGAACCUGUAGGCAAUCCAAUGGAAGUGGACGCCGAUCUAUGGAGGGGAAGUCUAAGCGGACCACCACUGGCAGAUGCGAAGACGAUCAAGCCCGCGCCCGAGUUCAGCAAAGACUUCUUCCGCAAUAUGCGUGACUUGCAGAAUUGCAUGGAAGACUUUAGCCGCGGCCAUGACGCAGUUUUGAGCUUCAUUACGCCUCUCACAAACUUCAGCAACGAGAACCUCUCUUCGAUGCUUUAUCUAAUCCUGCUUGUCGUCUCCGUAUUGCUGUUCAUCACCGCACACCUUCUUCCCUGGCGAGCUAUCAUACUCGUGCUCGGAUACAUCAUGACUGCGCUCGGCCAUCCAGCGAUUCAAGAACUUAUUGCGACACCCGAGACUGAAAAGUUCCUUACCGAAGCAGAACAGCAAAGCCGAACCUUUCUCCUUACCAUCUCACGUGCGGACAUCGAACUCGAAACCUCUCAAGAAACCCGAGAAGUUGAAAUCUUUGAACUGCAGUAUCGUGCGUUGCACGAUCAAGAUGGCGAGUAUGAAGGCUUUAUAUUUUCCCCCUCGCCCUACUCGCCACUUUCACCUAGUCGUAUAUCCGGCGAUCGACCCCGCGGUACGCCCUUCUUCGAGGAUGUUCUCCCGCCACGGGGUUGGCGCUGGAGUGACAAAAAGUGGACGCUAGAUUUACUAUCCCGCGAAUGGGUCGAAGACCGCUGUGUUACGGGUGUGGAGGUAGAAGUCGAAGGCGAGAGAUGGGUUACAGAUUUGCAUUAUGAAGUCCUUGAGACUGCGGACGAGAAAGCCAAGUUGAAGAAAAGGGGUUCCUCCAAAGGCGGCAGUAAGGACAUUGGGGAUCAGGAAAGAGAAGUUCUCAGACGGGCUUGGGAAGAUAGCAAGCCAAGUCGCAAGGGAGAAUGGAGAAGGAGGAGGUGGGUCCGGGGCGUUGAACGCAUGCCUUGGAGAGAUGGUCAGUCGUAG